ACUGCGGGCUUCAUCAGACGCGGAAGAACAACUCUAUUGGUAAAUUCACAAUCCCGAAGGAUCCCGAGUCUUAAAACUCCCAUUUCACUUCAGUUCGAAUACAUGUUCAGUUCGAGCUAACCCUCCGGUGUGCCUCUCUGCGUGUUUCCAAAUGCGAGUGUGAGCGACGCACCACUCGCGCAUCAUUCACUAAACCUCUCAAUACAUGGAACAGGACAUGGAGAAUAACAUGGAGCAGAACAUGGAGCAGAACUUGGAGCAGAAGUUUGUGAACACAGUGGCGACGCUGGUGGAAGCUGCGGUCCAGGCUACGGUGCUGGCGUGCCGGGAGGCCUGGGGAGGAGAGGUGCCGCUACCGGACAUCCAAGAGGCCCACACGCAGCACUUUCGGAGCAUUCAGAGCUCUCUGGUGCUGGACAUCCACGCCGUGUACACCGAGCUGCUCGGGGAGGUGGAGUCUCUACGGGCUCGUGUGCAGCAGUUGGAGGGGACGCUGCAGCGGAUGCCUAAAGCGGGACACAGAGGCGAGGAUGAGGGCCACACGGACACGGUGCUCAAGAGCUUGGGCGAAAAUGCCGAAAACGUGCUGCUGCAGGACGGCUUUCUGCUGGAGGCUCCAGUGCUGUUUGUAUCCACGGACGCAGAGCCGCUGGUGCUGGAGGCCCCCCACAGCCCGGACAGCCCGAAUGUACUUGAUGGCUCGGCUGCUGAGAGAUCAAAAAGAAAGAAAGGAGGCAAUUCAAAAAGAUAUAAAUAUGCCACUGAGGAAGAGGAGGAGGACACAGCCCCUGUGGAGGUGUUGGCCAGUCGAGUGUCGGGCAGAACCUUGAAACCUGUGAAGCGAUACUUUUGUGACUUCUGUAACAUGGGUUUUCACUGGAAAGGAGACCUGAACAAGCACAUGAAGGUGCACUUCAAAGCCUUCCCCUGUGAGCAAUGUGAGCGCACAUUUACAGAUGAGGCAGCUCUGGAGAAACAUGCCCAGAGUCAUGAGGAAAAGGAGCCGCUGCCCUUCCCCUGCCCACAUUGUAAGAGAGCCUUCAGGAAGGAGCUGUCCCUAUACAACCACAUGGCCCGCCAUCAGCAGACUCCCCCCAAAGCCUUCACCUGUGAGCAGUGUGGGCGCAGCUUUAGGCUGGAGCAGUCCCUGGAGAACCAUCGGGUGCGUCACCAGAAAGAGGCCCUAACCUUUCAGUGUCAGCUCUGUGAUAAGACCUGCAAGAGCUCUGUGCAGCUACGGUGCCACAUGGUAGUCCACUCGGAGGAUCGGCCCUACAGCUGUGCAACCUGCGGCAAAGAGUUCAAGAGCAAAGACACGCUCCGCUUUCACCAGAUGGUCCACACCAAUGCCAAGAAGUACAAGUGCUCCGAGUGCGAGGAGAGCUUCAAGUACGCCCACUCCCUGACAGUACACCGCAGGAAGCACACAGGCAUUAGCCCGUUCGUCUGCUCCGUGUGUAACCGAUCCUAUCGCACUGGCACUGCCCUAAAGCGCCACAGCGUGGUGCACACCGGAGAAAAGCCUUUUACAUGCCACAUCUGUGGAGCUCGCUUCAGCCUCAACAACAACCUGAAGAGGCACAUCCGCAUCCACACAGGUGAGAAGCCCUUCAGCUGCCAGGACUGUGGCAAGAGCUUCUCUGACAACAACAAGCUCAAGUCCCACAUGCUCAUCCAUGGCGCUAGCAAGCCCUUCAUGUGUGACCUGUGUGGAAAGACUUUCCUGUUCAAUUGCAGGCUGCGGGCACACCAAAAGUUUGUGCACGCUAACCGCGAGGAGUCGGACAGGCUGCAGGCCCCCGGGCUGCAGCGCAGAAACAGAGCUGUGGAGAAACCCUUCAGCUGUAAAAUCUGCCUGCGAGGCUUCUCGGCUGCCUGGUCGCUCAAACUGCAUGAGAAGGGCCACAGCGAGCAGAAGGAGUUCACCUGUGAACUGUGUGAUAAGUCCUUCCAUAACAAAUACUCGUUCAGCUACCACCAGCGCAGCCACACAGGUGACAAGCCCUUUGUGUGCGAUGUGUGUGGAAACAGGUUCUUCCAAGCCAGCAGCUUAAAACAGCAUGAGCGCAUCCACACAGGAGAGAAGCCCUACAAGUGUGACCAGUGCGGGAAAGCAUUCCGCACUGACGGCAACUUCUACAGACACAUGCGCAUCCACAGCGGAGACAAGCCCUUCCAGUGUAUGUACUGUGAGAAGAAGUUCCACCAAUCCAACCAGCUAAAGGCCCACAUGCAGCUGCACACAGGGCAAAAGCUGUACUCCUGCUCCACCUGUGGACGGGGCUUCUCUGAUUCUCGACAGCUCAAGAAGCACAGCUGCCACGGCUCACGGCGCGCACGCACAGACACAGACACAGAGUUGUGUCUGACGCUCAACUCCCCACACACUGAAAAUAGGCGUGUAUCAGUAGUUUUAAUGCCUUCGAACGUGGUGGGAGAUGAUAUGGAGACCGCGGCUUACAGUGCCACCAGGGCUGUUGUAGACACUGCCAUAAACACGGCUCUUCAGCUGUUCUGUCCACCUGGAAAAGCUCUCACAAAGCCAGUGUCACAGGGAGCAGUGGUGACUAUGGUGGCUCAUGAGGCCACCAGAAAAAUCCACAGCAUCUUUGUGCAGCUGCUGCGGCGUGAGACUCAAGCCCUGCGGAGAAGACUGAGCCUAGAGCAGCAGAGCCAGAGAAGGAACAGACUGAGCCUAGAGGAGAGCCAAAGGAGGAGCAUCCCAGAGGAGGAGCAGGGCACCCUGCGGGAGAAGGCCUGUGUGAUGAGUGCCACUGAGCAAGCAUCAGAGAAUACUGCUUCUGAGAAGCAAAGCCCACAAAAUGCUGACUCCACUGUCCAUGUUCGCAACAAGAAGCCUGCACAAACAACAGGGGGAAGUGAUGAGCCUCAGUCUGCGCUGGUCUGUGAGCACUGCACACGCACUUUCACGCAACACAGCCACUUAGAGGUUCACCUGCUGGAGGACUGUGUGAAUAAAGCUAGCCCCUUCAAGUGCAGCAUCUGUGACAAAAUGUUUAAAAACAAAGUGUAUUUGAAAACCCACCAGCAACUGCACAGUGACUCCAGACCUUUCACCUGCUCCACCUGUGGAAAAGCCUUCAAGACCAAGUCAUACCUAAGUGCCCAUGUGGCCGUGCACUCCGGCCACAAGCCCCAUCCGUGCUCCGAGUGUGGUAAGAGUUUUAGGAGCGCCUUUGCCCUCAAGAGCCAUGAGAGCACCCACUCCAGAGAGCAGCCCUACACUUGCUCCCAGUGUGACAAGAGCUUCAAACUGAAGCGCUCUCUUCAGCUGCACCAGUCUGUGCACAGUGGCCGGAGCUUCAGCUGUGAGCUCUGUGGAGCCUGCUUUACCUUUCAGCAGAACCUCAAGCGCCACAUGCGCAUCCACAGUGGAGAGCGGCCAUUCAAGUGCCCCAUCUGCAGCAAGAGCUUUGUCCAGAACAAGCUCAAGGCCCACAUGCUCAUCCACGGAGCCCCAAAGACCUUCAUGUGUGACCUGUGCGGGCGCACUUUUCUCUACAACUUCCAGCUCCAGAGACACCAGAAGCAGGUCCACGAGAAGGAGCAGCAGGGGGGCGUGAGAAGCCGGGGACAGGCUGGAGGUCAGAGCAGUGCAGGGCAGCGGCGGGUGAUCCUGCGCCUGGACAGGACCACAGUGGACGUGACACCCUUCAGCUGUGACACCUGUCACCGCAGCUUUGAGAACACUAGCGCCUUGCACAAGCACCAGCUUGUCCACUCCGACAUGAAGCAGUACAAGUGUCACUUGUGCCCAAAGACCUUCUUCUACAAAGCCACAUACAACUACCACCUGAGGCUGCACUCUGGUGAGCGGCCGUUUCAGUGCGACCUGUGUGAGAAGACCUUCAUCAACCAGCAGGCUCUGAAGAGCCACCGCCUGCAGCACACGGGGGAGAAGCCACACCAGUGCCAGCACUGUGAGAAGGCCUUUAGAGUCCAGGCCAACUACCGCAAGCACCUGCUCAUCCACUCAGGACACAAACCGUACGAGUGUGAGGUGUGCGGGGCGCGCUUUAGACAGCUCACACAUGUACAAUUCCAUAUGCAGGUGCACACAGGCCAGAAGCCCUACUCCUGCUCCAGCUGUGGCCUGGGUUUCUCUGACUCACGCCUGCUCAAGAAGCACAGCUGUGGGCUCCAGCAGCCCAGGCUCUGGGCCCACCUGUCUCACUGAGCUCCCCUUAGAAGGAACAUUCAUCUGAUCAGCUGUUGUCUACAUCUACAACUUAAGUUUAGAAUAAAAAUAUCUCCAUCAACAAAAGGGUUGAGUCACAGUUAACUUU